GUGGCCCUUGGCGCUGGCCCCUCCCGGACACUUUGUGACCAGUGGUGAAGAGUGUAGAGAAGCACAUGUGCAUGCCUGCUGGCAUGUGGGGGCCACGUGGAUUGGGCUCCAGCAAGGAAGCAGCCCCAGGACACAACCCUUGCACAAACCAGGUAGCAUGUGACUGAUGGAGGUUUGAGGGUAUCGAUAGCGUGGGCAGAGCAGAGGUGGUCUGUGAGUCAGUCCUACUCCAGGGCGCAGGAGGCCCAGAGAGGGCACUGCUAUGGUGUCACUGGUUUGGCCCAGGUUGACCACUUCGGAGAGGCCAUGACAGUUUUCCCAGGCUGGGGUCUUCCCCCAGGGGGCAUGGGUAAGGGGCUUCAGGGGCUCAGAAUGUGAGUACUGGCCGGUGCACAGUGCUGCCCGGGGCCAGUCUCUGCUGCUGGCUCGGGAUCUGGGAUACCUGCUCCUGAUGAUACCAUGUCCCCAGGGGUAUCGGGGUCUGGAGUCAGGCCAGAGGCGAGUGGAGUGAUUUUGAUGUUUGGUGGGCUGAGUGAGGGGGGCUGUGGAGAGGGGCCCCAGCUGGCAUUUCCCGACCCUCUUCCAGGAAGCCCAGCCCAUUGUAGGCUUCCACUGCCCACUGUGGCGGGACGUGGCAGGAUGCCCCUCUUGGCCCUGCCCCAGUCUGGGCCUGUGGGAGCCCUGGCUAGCGUCCCUUCCCUGCCAGCCAAGUCUCCUUUCUGGAAUAGCUGCCUCAAGGGCCCUUGUCAGGAUCAAAAGUGCUUUGUAAACCGAAGGGGACUGUCCCGGGGCAAGGGGUGUGUGGCCGAGUCCCACCCAGGGUACACUGGGCAGAUGGCAUCCGUGCCCCCUUCAUCCUGGGCUCACCCCUCUUCCUCAUGGCCUCAUUCUGCUUCAUUCAUUCCUUCCUACUUCGUCUGCCCUGCCUCUCCCGCUGCCCCCUCUCUGCCUGCUCCUGGUCUGAUCCUCUGGGCUCUACUCAAGGCUCCCUGUCCCCUCCCCCAGGGCUCCCUCUAGGGUAACAGUGGCUAAGAGUGGCAGCUUAGGGACAUGUGGGCGGGGGGGGCAGGCAGCUUGGUCUCCCGAGGGGGCUCCCGGGGGACAGGAGCCCCUCCCAUGCUCUGGAGAACUGCGCAGGCGCCGUGCCCACCUGAACCUACAUUUGCAAAGAUGCAAACAAGUCAGGGUUUCAGCCGCAGGGACACUGGGAGGGGAGGCGGCCCCCAGGGGUGGGAGGCUGCUGCCACGUAUGUCUGAGGUGGGUGUGGGCCCGCUGUGUCUCGCCAGGUCUUUGCUUCCGGGGGGUCUCGGAGGCAUGCCCUGCUGUGCGCGGGAGGGCGCAGAAUUGAGGUGUCUGCUCCGGGGCACCCCCUGCAACUCCCGCUGGUGAGGAGGGCGGAUGUGGUUUCUCCCUAUGUUCUGUGUCCCGCCAAACAGCGCUCCACUUCCUGUCUGUGUUUUUAAGAAGCCAGCAGCAGGGGGUAACCUGGAGCGUCCCCAGCUGCUGUGGAACAGGGUCACCCACCCCGGCUGGGCUGAGGGCCUCCCAGCUGAGAUCACACCCGCGAGGGCCCCCGGCCAUGCUGCUGCGGGGUCUGAUGGGGGCCGCCCGCUCACAGCCUCCUCUCCUUCCACCCCCCAACCCCCAUCUGCCCUCACCAGCAGGGCCUCCCAGACCAGCCUCCUCCCCCUCAUUAGCACUGGGUGCUCUUGGUGGGGCUGGGCCUUCUGCUGCCGCAGAGCCUGGUGGGAGGGCUCCUCAGUUACCUGAGUGAGGACCCUGCACCACGCCUAGUGGACAAACAGGAGACACAUGGUGACAAUAAGGGUCCUUCUCCUCUGGCCCGCCACCUUCCGGCGUGAUUGGCCCAGUGUAUUAGGCGUGUGGGCAGACUGGGUGUUCUGAGGCUCCGAGUGAGUGCUUGUCAUCUAGGUAACCUGUGUGACCUUCAGGGUUCAUGGUGGCUUAUAGGCUUUGUGACAUCUGUCUGCUGUGACCGCUCAGAAAUGCCACACAGGAUCCUCAGGAGAGGAUUCAUUGUUCCUUCCCAGGAGGCACCUGCCUGGUGUCACAGUGCAAGCAGGCCCAGCUGGAGUUGUCAUUCUCUGCUGUCCCUGCAGGGAGGGAGACUCACCUGGGAUGCAGGAGGGUGAAGCCCUCCCAGGGUCCCCAGAACCCCAGUGCCCCUGGGGUCAAAUCCUAAAGGCCAGAGCAUCCUUGGUCACAUGAGUAGUUGUAGAGGAGCCUGGCAAGGGCCCAGAGCGCUUGUCCUGUGGGGCACUGGGGUGUGGGCUGGCACUGGGCUGUGUUGGUGGGGAGGGGUUGGCCCCCAAGGACUGGGUCUUGUCAGCCGCUCCAGACUGUCCAGGGGUCUGUGGGUCAUGCCUUCGGUGCAGAGGAGAGCAGGGACUCUGGACAAAUCACUAUGCCCAGUGAGCCUCGGUUUCCCCACCUGUGAAAUGGGGCUGGUGUCCGCACCUCCCUCGUGCACGUGCAGGUGAUGAGGCUCAGAGCUCGCCUGGCCCAGAGGAGGUGUCCCUUGAUGGCAGCCACUCUGACCACUCACUGUUACAGUGGCUUGGACUGGACGUGGUCGGACCCGCAACAGGGGACCCAGCUGUGGGGAAGGCUCCGAGAGCACAAGGGUGUGGUCCCUUCCUCCCUCCCAGCCCCUGUGACCCCAGUGGCUCUCUGGACUCUUGGCCAACUCACCAGGAAAUUACUGCAUUUCCUUCCUGCUGGGGCUCAGGAGGGAACAGCCUGCUUACCUGGGCACUGUGCACACGCGCGCGUGUGUGUGUGUGUCUGAGUGUGCGUGUGACAGCAAUGAUGGUGACAGCAGCUGCCUGGCUCCUUGGGGACAGGCAUCCGCUGGCCAGAGCAACCCCCGUUCACAGCUGAGGAGACCCAGGCUCAGGGAGGUCAAGUCAUGUGCCUGGUGUCACCCGGCUGGUGAGGAGGAAGCCCAGCCUGGGUGGCCCUGAGCGUGUUUGUGGCUCAUGGUGGUGGGCAUUGUGGAUGUGUGAAGGUGUGUGAUGCUACUCUACCAGCCGCCCCUCCACCUGCCCGCCAUUGUCCUGGGGUUCACGGCGGUGACCAGGUGGUCGAGGCUCUUGUCCUCGUGGUGGGGGAGACAGACAAUAAAUCCAUACCUGGUGCUGAGGGGUUGGAAGUGAUUAUUGGUCAUUCUGCAUAUCCUCUUCUAUAAAGUUUCUGUUAAAAUCUUCUGCCCACCUUUCUAUCAGGUGCAUAUCAAAUGCAUUUUCUGCAUUAUUAAGACAAUCAAGUCAUUUUUCUCCCUUUUAAAAAGUACAAUGGACAUUAAACCACCCUUGCAUUCCUGGGACAAACCCAGCUUGUUCAUGAUUUAAUAUCAUUUUUAUUUAUUAUUAGGUUUGAUUUGCUAAUAUUUUGCUUAGGAUUUUUUUUUAGAUUUUGAAAAAAAAUUAAGUUUAUUUAAGUUUAUGUAUCUAUCUAUUUACAUAUGGAGGCACUGGGGAUUGAACCCAGGACCUUGUGCUUGCUAAGCACAUGCUCUGCUGCUGAGCUGUACCCUCCCCACUUGCUUAGGAUUUUUCCCUUUAUGUUCAUGAUAGCUACUGGUCUGUAAUUUCCCUUUCUUACCAUGUCUGUGUCACAGGUUGGUAUCAAGGUUAUACUGGCCUCAUAGAAAGAGCUUGGAAUUAAACAACAACAAAAAAAGAGCUGGGCAAUGUUUUCUCCUUUUCCAUGGUUUGCAAGAGUUGGCUUUGUUUUGCUGUUGUUGUUUCUUGUUCUUAAAAUUUGUGUUGCUCCUAAAAUGUUUGGAAGAGUUUACUGGUUAGUCUUCUGAGCCUGAGUUUUUUGUGUAUAUGUGGAGGUUUUAAGUAACAGAUUCUGUUUCUUUAAUAAAUAUGAGACUAUCAAUUUUUAUUUCUUGUUGGGUGAGUUUUAGUAAGUUCUUUCCAAGGAAUGUGUCCAGUUUAUGCACGUCGUCAUGUGUACUGGCAUACAGUUUUUUAUCUUUUUCACGUCUGUAGGGUCUGUAAUGCAUCCUCGUUUCCAUGCUUGAUAUUGAUAACUAGAGUUUUACUGUUCUUGAUCUUGAUAAGGGUUUUUUUAUCAGUUUUAUUCUCUUUUUGAAGAACCACCUUUUGGCUUUGUUGAUUUUGUAUAAUUACACAAUUAUUAUAUAUUUAUUUCCUCUUUCACUAGUUUCUCCUUUAUCUUGAUUCUACUUCCAUUGAGUUUAUGUUGCUUUAAAAAAAAAAAUUCCCCUUGAGAUACGUCUUGGGAAACACAGAUUAUAAGGUGGGUACAUAGAUGAUUGAUCUUUAAACUCUCUUCUAAUAUAUGCAUUUCAAGCUAUAAUUUUCCCUCAAAGUGUUACUUGCCUGCAUUCCACACGUUUUUUUUGUUCCCAUAAAUAUUUAUAUUUUUAUUUUGAAAAAGUUUUGCACCCACAGAACCAUGGAAAGAGUACCCAUAUACUCUUCAAUUAGAGUCAAUAAUUGUUUAUAUUUGGCCACAUUCUCUCCCCCCACCCCCAUAUAUCUAUCGUUCUGCAUUUUUGGAAAGUAAGUUGCAUUUAUCAUGACACUUUUUCCCUAAAUACUUAAUACAUGUAUUUACUAAGAAUAAGAUUAUUCUUCUGUACAACCUUAAUACCAUUAUCACACACAAGAAAUUUAACCUUUAUACAAUCGUACACCUAGUCCAAUUCAGAUUUUUUCCUAGUUGACCCAAUCUCUCCCCCUCCCUUUCCUUCUUUCUUUUUUCUUUUCCUUUCCUUUCCUUCCCUUCCCCUUCCUUCCUUCCUUUCUUUUUUUCUUUCUUUUUUUCUUUUCUUCUUUCUUUCUUUCUUUCUAUUUUUAUUGAAGUACAGUCAGUUACAAUGUUGUGUCAAUUUCUGGUGCACAGCACAAUGCUUCAGUGACAUAGGAACAUACAUACAUUUGUUCUCAUAUUCUUCUUCACCAUAGGUUACUACAAGAUACUGAAUAUGGUUCCCUGUGCUAUACAGUAUAAACAUGUUUAUCUGUUUUAUAUACAUGUUAGUAUCUGCAAAUCUCGAACUCCCAAUUUUUCCCUUCCCACCUCCUUCCCCCCGAUAACCAUAAAUUUUCUAUGUCUCUGAGUCUGCUUCUGUUUUGUAAAUAAGUUCAUUUGUCUUUUUUUUUUAGAUUCUAUGUAUAAAUACCAUGUGGUAUUUUUCUUUAUCUUUCUGGCUUACUUCACUUAGAAUGACACUCUCCAGAUCCAUCCAUGUUGCUACAGAUGGCAUCAUUUUAUUAUUUUUUAUGGCUGAGUAGUAUUCUAUUGUGUAAAUAUACCACAACUUCUUUAUCCAGUCAUCUGUCAAUGGACAUUUAGGUUGUUUCCAUGUCUUGGCUAUUGUAAAUAGCACUGCUGUGAACAUUGGAGUGCAUUAUCUUUUCGAAUUAAAGUUUCCUCCAGAUAUAUGCCCAGGAGUGAGAUUGCUGGAUCAUAUGAGCCAUCCUCCAGCAGCGCGGCUCACCUGUGGAUGCCACCAUCGCGACACUGGUCUGCACUGGGGUGGUCCACCCCCAGAGCAUGGGCCUGGGUGGAGGGGUCAUCUUCACCAUCUACAAUGCGACCACAGGGCAGGUGGAGGUCAUCAAUGCCAGGGAGACAGUGCCUGCCAGCCAUGACCCGGCUCUGCUGGACCAGUGCGAGCAGGCUCAGCCUCUGGGCACAGGCUCCCAGUGGAUCGGGGUGCCCGGGGAGCUUCGCGGAUAUGCCGAGGCCCACCGCCGCCACGGCCGCCUGCCCUGGGCACAGCUGUUCCAGCCCACCAUCGCUCUGCUUCAAGGGGGCUUCCGCGUGCCCCCUGUCCUGGGCCAGUUCCUGAGCAACAGCCUCCUGCGGCCUUCCCUGUAUGCAUCCUCCCUGAGGCAGCUCUUCUUCAACGGGACAGAACCCCUGAGGACUCAGGACCCUCUCCCGUGGCCCGCGCUGGCCGCCACCCUGGAGGCCGUGGCCGCGGAAGGCGCAGAGGCCCUCUACACAGGGAAGCUGGGCCAGCUGCUGCUGGAGGACGUUGCCAAGGAAGGCAGCCGGCUGACCUUGCAGGACCUGGUGUCGUUCCAGCCGGAGGUGGUGGAUGCCCUGGCAGUGCCCCUCGGGGACUACACCCUGUACUCACCGCCGCCACCUGCGGGGGGCGCGAUUCUCAGCUUCGUCCUCAAUGUGCUCAAAGGGUUCAACUUUUCCGCCGAGUCGGUGGCCAAGCCCGAGGGGACCGUGAACUUAUACCACCAUCUUGUAGAGACACUCAAGUUUGCUAUGGGGCAGAGGUGGCGGCUGUGGGACCCUCGAAGCCACCCGAAGGUCCAGAGCGCCUCCCAGGACCUGCUGGGGGAGGCCCUGGCCCAGCACAUCCGCCAACAGAUCGACGCCCGGGGUGACCACCAGCUCAGCCACUACAGCCUGGCUGGGUCCUGGAGCCACAGGAUGGGCACGGCCCAUGUGUCUGUGUUGGGAGAGGAUGGCAGCGCCGUGUCCGCCACCAGCACCAUCAACACACCCUUUGGUGCCAUGGUAUACUCACCACGCACGGGCGUCCUCCUCAACAACGAGCUCCUGGACCUGUGCUGGAGGCGCCCAUGGGGCUCCAGAGCCACCCCGCCGCCCGUUCCAGGCGAGCGGCCCCCAUCAUCCAUGGCCCCGUCCAUCUUGGUCAACGCAGCCCAGGGGUCGAAGCUGGUGAUCGGCGGGGCUGGCGGGGAGCUCAUUGUCUCCGCUGUGGCCCAGGCCAUCAUCCAGAAGCUGUGGCUGGGCCUCAACCUGCAAGCUGCCAUCACAGCCCCCAUCCUGCACGUGGACAGCAAGGGCCGGGUAGAGUACGAGCCCGGCUUCAGCCAGGAGGUGCAGAAGGGGCUCCAGGACCGAGGCCAGAACCAGACUGAGAGGCACUUUUUCCUGAAUGUGGUCCAGGCUGUGUUCCGGGAAGGGGCCUGCGUGUAUGCCGCCUCAGACCCCAGAAAGGGUGGAGAGGCCUCAGGCUACUGAAGAGGCUGCCACUGCCUCCCGUCCCCCGUCCAUGUGUGCCCAGGCUGGCCUGGCCCAUGGGACUGAGUGCUCUGGCAGGAUCUGGACCCCUUGGCCGGGUGGUCAGCCUGGGGCUGCAAGAGGUGGGGACAGCCGGGCAGAUGGACUGUGGGGGCCGAGCCCUCCCCCUGAGCCCCCUGUGGCCCUGCCCUGGCCCCUCCAGCCUUCCCAGGCCUCUCACCCAGGGCUGUGCCCCCCACCCCUGACCCCACUCCCUACCUGUGUAUCCUCCAGCCCAAUAUUAAAGAAUAGACUUCA